AUGGAUUCUCUGCCGCUGGAGCUCCUGGGCGAAAUUGCAACCUUCGUCCACCAUACCGAGCUGCUAAGCCUACGACUGGUUCAACGCCGCUUCAAGGAUGUCGUGACGCGCCAGGCUUUCCAGGAAAUCGUGGUGCAUGACCGGUACCCUAGUGUUCGACGAUUUCACACUAUGUUAGACGAAUGCAACGACGACGAAAUCCUCGAGGGAGUUGAAAGCGUUGUGUUUGACGGAAAAGACCCCGACCACUUUGAUAUGGGUGCAGACAGCACCUUACCCAGCAUCGAAAGCGCGUUUAGCAGGCUCAGCCGAUUCCCAAACUUGUCAUCCCUCAACCUCGACUUUUUCCCCGGUAGUACUCCAGAUGAAUACGAGAUCUACAUGUCAUACUAUGUCACCAUCCAAGUGUCCUUCUGGCGGGAGCUUGCGCAACAGUCUUUCCCCAACUUACGGCGCUUGAAUAUCGGCGCAAUGGUGUCGUUUCUCGACGAGACGAUAACCCCAGACCACCCAUUCCUGGAAUUGUUCCGUCCUCUGACAACACUCUCUAUCAACAUAGUGUCGUUGUUCCAGAUGCGACGCAUUCCAGCUCAAGUCCUCCAAUUCAACCAAAACCUGAUGAACAUAUUAUCGCCGACGAACAAUAUCACUUCGCUCGAGCUGGGAACCCUUGACUUUCUGGGCCCUACCGCACCAUAUCGCUUCGAGGCAUACCGCUUCCCACUUCUAAGCCACCUAAAACUCUCAAAAAUUGUGUUUGCGGCCAUGGAGGCCGACGAGCUGGGGCCUUCCGUAGAACGUGGCCAGCGCCUUACAGCGGAACAAUUCAUUAUCAACCAUCGGUUAUCUUUGCGGCGACUCGAGCUAGAGAACUGUCUCGUAGCACUUCCCGAUGGGCAGUGGUGCCAUGUUCUGCGACGACUCCGCAAGUCAUUGAAAUUAUUACUGGAAUUUACGUGGAACAUCACAGUUGCCAGUGGGACGGACUCUGAGGAGAAGGAGCCCAAAAAGUUUCUCUAUGGGGUGCCAAUGGGAAGGACAAGGAUAUAUGUACUAUCUCCGGCCGACGACGAUCGUGCUGAAGAUUUAGCUGCCUUAGAACAGCUGCAGGUCGCCGUUGCCACCAAUCCUGUAUCUAAUCAAUGA